AUGUCUCUCUCCGCCGCCGCCGCUAGCAAUCGUCCGUACGAUUUGAUCAUCUACGGCGCCACUGGCUUUACGGGUCAAUUGGCAGCAGAGUAUGUGCAAAAGCACUAUCCCACGCUCAAGUUUGCCUUGGCCGGUCGGAAUCGCAGCAAAUUGGAAGUCGUCCGCAAGCAAAUCACUACAGGAAGCAGCAGCAAUAACGAAAAGGAAAUUCCCUUGUUGGUCGCCGACGCCGUGCAAGAUCCCAAAGCCCUGGACGAAUUAGCCCAAUCCACAAAGGUGAUUGCCAAUUACGCCGGAAGCCCCUUUGUCGACAAGGCAUUGCCCGUCGUCGAAGCAUGUGCCAAACACGGAACCUGUUAUACCGAUAUUACCGGAGAACCCAAUUUUCAACGUCUCUCUUACGAUCGCUACCACAAACAAGCGAAGGAAACCGGAGCGCUUAUCGUCCACGCCUGUGGCUACGACUCGAUUCCUUCGGAUAUUGGAGCCAUGUUGGCGGCCGAUGCCAUGAAAGAACGUCAUGGUUGUACCUGCAAAUCGCUCGAAUUGGUAUCUCGAGGAUCCAAAGGAGGCGCUUCCGGUGGUACCAUUCACACCGGAUUGUCCAUGAUUUUUGGGGGCAAGACGGUUCCCGGCAUGAACGAAGUCAAAGCCCGAGGCGCCUACGGAUUGGACCCCGAAGGAGCCACGGGAGGUCCCGAUACAUCCGAUACCGUUUCCUUUGUCACAUACGAUAGUGUGGCACGCACGUAUGUCAUUCCCUUUAUCAUGGCCGGUGCCAAUGCUCCCGUCGUGCGCAAAACCAAUGCUCUUUGGGGAUAUCGAUACGGCAAGCAGUGCACGUACCGCGAAGUCCAGGCCGUGCCCAGUUUGAUUUCUGGCUUGGCUGGAAUGGUUGGAUUCGGACUGUUUGGAGUUCUCUUGGCGUUUCCACCCACUCGGUGGCUAUUGACCAAUUACGUCCUACCCAAACCGGGAGAAGGACCCAGCCAACAAGCGCGCGACACCGGAUUCUUUUCCUCCAAAAUCUAUGCCGUGGGAGAACAGGACCAACUGGUCGUGGCGUAUGUCAAGAGUGGCACGGCCGGAGAUCCCGGAUACAAAGCCACGGCGCAAAUGAGUAUCGAAGCCAGUCUCGCCAUGGCACUCGAACGAGAAAAAUGCGCCACCCAAGGAGGAGUUCUCACCACGGCCACGGCAUUGGGCAUGACACUGGUCGACAGACUCAACAAGACGGGUAUGCAGUUGGGAGUGGAGGAAUAA